UCUCUAAAAGGCGAACGGCGAGAACAAUUUACUCAUAAUUUCUGUUUAAUUGGCUAAAUUACUCUUCGUACACGUCAAUUUACCUCUACCGACGAGGCGAAAACGCGCUAAAUGACCUAUAUUUGAUCGUUCGAGGUGAAACUUGUUAGUCGCAAACGUUACCGAGAGCAGUGCGCUGGUUUUACGCUCGAAAUCGGAACGCGCGCGCGUUUUUCAUCGACGCUAGUUCGAAAAAAUGUAAGUUUGUUGUGGCAACCUUUUUUUUGGAUUACCACCCUUCAAUAUGGAGUACUAAAUUGAAGGUUAUGAUGCUUCAGUACUCGAACGAGCAGCUGGCGACGAUAAUCGGCGUGCCGAUCGUGACGAUCUUGCUGAUAUGGACCGUCGCGAUCUUCCACAAGAAUCGGAAGAAGUGGAGCUCGUACGACAUUGCCAUCGUGGCCGUUUUGGUGCAGAGCAUUUUGAGGAACCUCGCGAUUUUGGCGUACACCGCCUUGAUAAUCGUGAAGAAUAGUAGCAUUCCGGCGGACUACUGCAAGGCGGUGGUGUGGAUCUUCAACUCGAUCCACACCUUCCAGGCCAGCUCGCUGACAACCCUGGCAGUCAUUGCGCUUUUCACCGUAAGGCUUUACAGGAAGCAGCAGAGCUUGCAGAUGUAUCUGACAGCGACGCACGUCAUUUAUCACCUUUUCUGCCUCACGACACUGUGCGCGUGCGUCGGCGUCGCCUCCAUCUUGGCCCAAGAGGACAAGAAGAACAUCAGCUUCAACCUUCAGCCCAGCGUCAGCGACGUCGCGUGCAAAUUCAUGCCGUUCGACCUCGACGUCAAAUUUAACAUCUUCAUCAUCGUGCUUCACAUCUUCCUCGCCAUGGUCUCACUAACCGCUUUCAUCUUCAUCUGCUUCAAUCACCUCAAAAUGCGCCACCAGGGCUUCGACUAUCUGAAAAAGUCGACGUCCGACCUAAGCGAGCUGAGCCUCUCCCUGACCGCAUCGGUCAACGAAAAUUUGACCAAGAACUAUUACGACACGUACACAAUACAGCGACUUCCGCACAAUUUCGACGUUAGUUACGAUAGUCAAGUGCAAAAUCGCGAACCGAUGUGGAACAGUGAUCUUUCGAACAUUUCGAUGACCGAUGAAGAGGAAAGUGGAACCGGAUUGUAUACGAUGUAUCCGAUCCUAACCGUCUGCUACUUAUUCAACCACAUUCCGCUAAUUAAUUACGUGGCUAUCCUGCUGAGCCAGGUUCGCCAGGUGUCAGGGUGUUGCGAAGACGUGGGAGACUACGCGUUGGACCGUGAGAGCAUCGCGUUGCGCGUUCUGAAAAGAAGUGCAAAAAAGGAAGAUUCCAUGGCCUUACUCAAAAACUGCCAGGAGAGUGUUGAGGGAUGUAAAGAUUUUGGUAGAGAAAGUUGCACCGGGGAUCCACGGAGGGAAGGAGGCAAUAGUAUAAACAAUAAACACACAAAAUGCUUUCGUGUCGUCAAUUUCAGUCAUUCCCAACACCGGUAUGAUAACAAUUAUGACUAA